AAUAAAAAAUUUUACACUUGCGAUAGAGACUAUUUUUUUGAUAUUUAUAUGAAUAUAAGCAAGAAUGAUUUGUCGUUUGUGUUUAAAACAGGUUAAUGAAUUUAAAAGCGCGUUUGAAGUAACGGAUAAUAAACCAACCAUGGCUUCAAUAAUCAAAAAACACUUUUGGUUUGAACUGCAGCAAAACGAUCCAGUAUCAACAGUAAUUUGCGAUGAUUGUUGGUUUAAAGUUUUUGAUUUUCAUGAGUUUUAUAAAACCGUUGAAAAAGCUCAAUGUCAGUUGGGCGAAAAUGUCGUAGUGAAAAUUGAAAACAUUAGCGCGGAGCAUUCCAUAGAAAACGUGAUCAUCCCGUCAUUUUCAUUGUCGAGUAAACAAGAACCUGGUGUUAACUUCGACGAAGUUAAUGAUGAAGUUCCUUUUGAUAUGGUCGCGACGAAUGACAACACGCGUGCAGAUGUCAGAGCAGAGGAUUCCCACGAUAUAUUGGGAACUCAACAAGGUUGUACUAAUAACGCCAUAGAGGAUGUUAAACAUGUCGAUGUUUACAAGGAUGAUAGAUUUAAUGAUCACAUUGAUGAUCCAUUUAACAAAGAAGUGUUAGCAGAAAAUGAGAAAAAUAAUAAAGUAAGCAAAAAGAAAAAAGGUGUAAAAUCUUCAGAAAAGGCUAGAACCACCAGAUCUUCGUCUAAGGUACAAAGGGACGCACAGAAUAUUCGUUCCUCAAAACCAGCUGCAACAAAAGUUCGCAAGAUUGAAAAGAACAGGGUCAAAAAAGUGAAAAAAAAAGAACUUUCCGAACAAGCUAAAGCUAUUCGUGAGCAAGGUUUGGCAUUUGAUGAAGAGAUUGCGAAAUUUAUGUCUUUGCGUUGCGAGCUAUGUAGCCUUGAAGUAAAAAAUUUUCAUGACCUUGAAAGCCAUAUGCACGCAAAACACAAAGUCAAAGGAUACGCCCGAUGUUGCAAUAAGAAAUUUUCUAAGCGCUUUUUACUGCUGGACCACAUACGCCAACAUUCAAAUCCCGAUUGUUUCAAAUGCGGUCCAUGUAAGCGGGUUUUCGCAGACCGUAAAUCUAUGCAAAAUCAUUUCCUUAUCAAACAUCAAAAGGAUGAGGAUAAAAUGUUCUCCUGCUCACAAUGUUCCAAGAAAUUUGUUAGAAGAUAUUUAUUACGACAGCAUGAAUUAGUGGGUCAUAGCGACCAUAAAAACGCUUCUUUAGCUGUUGAUGAGGAAAUAGCCAAAUUUAUGUCAUUACAUUGUGAACUAUGCAGCGUGGAGAUAGCAAAUUUUACCGCUCUUCGCAAUCAUAUGGUCGCAGAGCACAACAUCAAAGGUUACGUGAGAUGUUGUAAUAAGAAAUUUUCCAAACGUUUUUUACUUUUGGAGCACAUACGAACGCAUUUAAAUCCUGCUUGCUACAAAUGUGAGAACUGUAGUCGUGUAUUUCCUGAUCGUAAGUCGAUGCGUAAUCAUUUUCUUAUGAAACAUCAAAAGGACGAAGACAAAACAUUUGCUUGUUCUCAGUGUCCCAGCAAAUUUGUUACCGUGUACCUAUUACAGCGACACAAAGUGAUUGCGCACCGUGAUCGUACCAACACUUGCAAAAGUUGUAACAGAAGAUUUAGUACAGGUGUUCUGUUAUCUGCUCAUAUCAAGGAGCAGUGUUUAUGCGAUACGUGCGGGGAAGUUGUGUGUAACACUGCUGCGUUUCAACGUCAUCUAUUGAGACAUAAAAACUGCCUUUCGGAAUCCAAAGAAUUGCGCACCUGUGAUAUUUGCCAAAAGGUAUCAACAAGUCAACAAGACAUGUUGGCUCACAAACUUUGUGCUCAUAAUCCCUUACGUACUUACGAAUGCAAUACGUCCUCUAUGCACGAUAACUUUCCAUUUCAAUAUCCAUAUGCAAUCACAUCCCAAGAAAAUGCAUCCACAAUGCUCGCGUAUUCGAACCAUCCGUACUCCGUCAAUCGCCGUUGAAUGAAUCAAGCAGUAGUAGAAAGUUGCGCAAAAUAAAAUUAUCUAAGAUAUUUUAGUAACAUCAGUUGCAAAACAAUUGCAUUUCAAAUUAAACUAUUAAUUUAUUGUCAACGCCUUUACUACAUUAAAUGCUGAUUUACAUCUAACUUCACUCGUGAAUAGAAUAUUGGAAGGCAUAUUUCAUUUAUACAGGUCUUUCGCUUACAGAUCGCCAUGUCCACUAAUUGCUUUAUUAUUCAAAAGCACGUCUUUUAUACGUCGACAAUAUAUGUAAUAAAAGUUAAAUUUAUAAUAAUAAUAAUUUUUUCUUUCUGAAUUAUGUUAGACUGAUUUCUUGCCAAAGAGAAGUAGAAGGUGUUAAAUUUUCCCGAUUUUUUUUUUAAUGAUUUGAAGAAUCGUUUCUUUAGUAGCUUAUACGGCAAUGACAAACAACAAAUAUCACACCUUUUUCUUAUUUUCUAAAGUUUGACCUUUUGUGUAUUAUUUUAUUGAACAAGAAUCCAUAGCAUAAAACGCAUUUUACCGUUGUUUUGCGCAUUGCUUUCAAUUAUUUAAUCAAUAGAUCCAGUUUGGCAGAUUUCAUUGUCUGUACCAACCUAUGACGUCAAGCUGUCACCCACCGGCCAUGUUAUGCUGUUUGAUAGUGCUUCCGGCUAGAUAACCAGCACGAGCUCUCUGCAUUAAUUUUGUUGUACUUGCGCAAGUAACUUUCGCAACUUAUCCCCUCGUAAAGGCUGUGGCUAUGCUCAAGUUAGGAAUCUUAUUAGAUUUUAUUUGAUGGGAGUUAGCUUAAUAGACAUACACCUAAAAAGAAAAAAGAAAGAAUACCAAAAAAAAAAAACAACGGUGCAAGCAUAAGUUCGUUCAUCAUUUGUAAUGCGUCCGUUUGUUUUGCUCCAAUUCUCCAACUCUCCGCUUUUUGUCAUAUAAAUGUCUGUCGCU